AAAACGGCACUAAAGCGAACACGCAGCUGCCGAGGCCAGACUCCGCCGCUCGGUCCAGUUUGCCUUCCGCUCUCGUUUGGCAUAGUGUCGCGGCGACCAGGCGUCGUCAUCGCGUUUACACGCUCCUCCACGGCCCCCCUAACGCGUGUCCUCCACCUCCUGUCUCCCGUCGGCAACCAGAUCAAAUGGAUAAUUCGUCUACCACCGACACAGUACGAAGACAAUCUCGCGCUGGUGGAUAAUCGUGUGAAAGAAAGUUGCAGCCGUUGGCUGGUGAUAGUUCUCGAACUGUUCUACAAGAAAGUUUCCAGCAAGAGGAGUAAUCCUCGACGGAGGAUCGCCGAGUACUUGGGGUACCGUGGUUCUGGGACAACGAGAUCCAGAAAGCGGUGUGAGUCCCUACGGCAGAAGAGAGGCGCAGGCUCCCGCGGGGGGGCGCACGGGGAGGCGGUGUGGCGGACCGGAACCGGAAAUGGCUGCGAGGUGGCUCCUGCUGGCGCUCCUCGCCGCCCACGCCGCGGCUCUUCCUGAUAUCAUUAGGAUAGGUGGGCUGUUUCAUCCGUCGGACGACAAACAGGAAGUGGCCUUUCGUUAUGCCGUAGAAAAGAUCAACGCCAACCGAGACAUCCUUCCCAAGUCUCGUCUCAGCGCCCAGAUUGAGCAAAUAAAGCCGCAGGAUAGUUUUCACGCCUCCAAGCGUGUGUGCCAUUUGCUGCGGAGCGGAGUUGCGGCGAUUUUUGGGCCUCAAAGCGCGCACACUGCCUCCCAUGUGCAAAGCAUCUGCGACACCAUGGAAAUUCCACAUUUGGAGACACGAUGGGACUACAGACUCAGACGACAGAGCUGCCUCGUCAACCUUUAUCCGCAUCCUACCACCCUUUCCAAGGCGUACGUUGAUUUGGUAAAAGCCUGGGGCUGGAAGAGUUUCACCAUCAUCUAUGAGAACAACGAAGGCUUGGUACGAUUGCAAGAGCUCCUGAAGGCACACGGACCCAGUGAAUUUCCUAUUACGGUCAGACAACUCAACGAGGGCUCGGAAUAUCGGCCGUUGCUGAAGCAGAUAAAGAACUCGGCCGAGUCGCACAUUGUACUGGAUUGCUCCACCGAGAGGAUUUACGACGUGUUGAAGCAGGCGCAGCAAAUAGGGAUGAUGAGCGACUAUCACAGUUACCUUAUCACCUCUCUGGACCUGCACAGCGUCGAUUUGGAGGAAUUCAAGCACGGCGGGACCAAUAUCACUGCCUUUCGAUUAGUGGACCCGGAGAAGCCGGAAAUUCAAAAGGUCGUGCAAGAUUGGAUCUACGGCGAGAAACGUUAUAACCGGGAGCUCGAUAUGGGACAAAGCUCCAACAAGAACAACCUCACCUGCAUAAAGACUGAAACCUCGCUGAUGUACGACGCUGUGCACCUGUUCGCGAAAGCUCUCCACGAUUUGGACACGUCCCAGCAGAUCGACAUUAAACCGCUGUCCUGCGAAUCCACCGACACCUGGCCGCACGGAUAUUCCCUCAUAAACUACAUGAAAAUCGUGGAAAUGACUGGUCUGACAGGAAUUAUAAAGUUCGAUCAUCAGGGAUUUCGCUCGGAUUUCAUUCUGGAUAUCAUCGAACUCAAUAACAAGGAGGGUUUGAAGAAGAUAGGAACGUGGAACAGCACGAAAGGUAUAAAUUUUACGAGAAGCUACAAAGAGGAGUAUACUCAGAUCGUUGAGAAUCUUCAAAACAAGACAUUCAUCGUGACGACCAUAUUGAGCGCACCAUACUGCAUGAGGAAGGAUUCGAGCGAGAAGCUCACCGGAAACGCACAGUUCGAGGGUUACAGCAUCGAUUUGAUUUACGAGAUAUCGAGAAUACUAGGAUUCAAUUAUACGUUCCGUCUGGUGCCAGAUGGACGAUACGGUUCCUACAACAAGCAGACGAAAGAGUGGGAUGGUAUGAUGAAAGAACUGCUCGAUCAGAAGGCUGAUUUAGCGAUCGCUGAUCUAACUAUCACGUACGAUCGGGAACAAGCGGUCGACUUCACAAUGCCGUUCAUGAACCUAGGUAUCAGCAUACUGUACCGUAAGCCUAUAAAGCAACCACCGAAUCUGUUCUCGUUCCUCAGCCCUCUGAGCCUGGACGUUUGGAUUUAUAUGGUGACAGCUUAUCUGGGUGUCUCGGUGCUGCUCUUCAUACUCGCCAGGUUCAGCCCCUACGAGUGGGAGAAUCCCCAUCCGUGCAACGGACAGUCCGAGGUCCUCGAGAACGAGUUCACCCUGAUGAACUCGCUCUGGUUCACCAUAGGCUCGCUCAUGCAGCAAGGCUCUGAUAUAGCGCCGAAGGCUGUGUCGACUCGUAUAGUGGCGGGUAUGUGGUGGUUCUUCACUUUGAUCAUGAUUUCUUCGUACACUGCCAACUUGGCCGCGUUCCUUACCGUCGAGAGGAUGGAUUCACCGAUCGAGAGCGCGGAGGAUCUUGCAAAGCAGACGAAAAUCAAAUACGGGGCUCUCAAAGGAGGAAGUACCGCGGCCUUUUUCCGAGAUUCCAAUUUCUCGACGUACCAGCGCAUGUGGUCCUUCAUGGAUUCGGCAAAGCCGACGGUAUUUACAACGAGCAACGUCGAGGGUGUGGAACGGGUGAUCAAGGGUAAAGGCAGUUACGCGUUCCUAAUGGAAUCCACUUCUAUCGAAUACGUAAUCGAGAGGAACUGCGAUCUGACUCAAGUUGGCGGUCUGUUGGACUCGAAGGGUUAUGGCAUAGCCAUGCCACCAAAUUCGCCGUACAGAACUGCCAUAAGCGGGGCCAUCCUGAAGCUGCAGGAAGAGGGGAAGCUGCACUUGCUGAAGACACGCUGGUGGAAAGAGAAACGAGGCGGAGGAUCUUGCAGGGACGACACGUCGAAGAGCAGUUCGACAGCGAACGAGCUGGGCUUGGCAAACGUCGGCGGUGUGUUCGUGGUUCUGAUGGGCGGGAUGGGGAUCGCUUGUGUGAUAGCGGUAUGCGAGUUCGUCUGGAAAAGCCGGAAGGUCGCCAUUGAGGAACGGCAUUUGACUGACGAAGCAACGGGCCCUAUUAAAGCCAUACAAUUAAGACCGUGCAGCAGCUUGGUCGUUUCGUCGAACUUGCAGAAAUCCGUGUGCUCGGAGAUGGCGAGCGAGCUGCGUUACGCGUUGGAUUGCGGGAACGGGACGAAAAAGCCGGUGAAGAAGACACUGUGUCAACGCGAGAGGCAGCAAUCGAAUCUGUCGAUCGUGUCCGAGGAGGGCAGGUAUCCAGAGUGCAACAAGUACAGACACUUCGUGGGGAAAGCGCCUCUGACUUGAAGCUCGCAAGCGGAUCGUUGAACACCAUGGAUGUAUGGUGAACACGUUUAAUCUAAUGAACGUUAAAUUCAAUGAACUAUAAGAAUGAUCGAUAAAUCAAUUAGCCGCGAAUCGAACUUUCUAGGCGAACGAAACUCGAGCCCUCCUUCAACUUGCUACUGCUGUUCCCUUUUUCUGUGUCUCUGGGUGUGUAUACGUCUGUUAUUAUUUUUUUAUCUUCUUCCAUCUUUUUUUUUUUUUUCUUCUCUUCACAAGUGACACGAGCAAGGUAGUUCUUCGACUAGCACUUUGUAGGGUCUACAGUCGUUUAGCCGUUAAUUGGAGCUCGUUGGAAUUUAUUGUACCGUGCGGGAGACAACGGCGCGCGCUGUUUGAGCGGAAAGAUUAACGAGCGACCUCGAGAUCCUUUGUCUUUCGUUGAGGUACUCGUGCCGGAAGAGCGUGUCUUUUAUGGAAAGGGAAGAUCGUGAACUGUCUAUGGCUGUAGCUUCUGCGGUUGAUAUAAAAUGUCGAAAGGCAGCUCCAAGUAAGAGGGUUGAAAACUGUUAACCCUUCGCUGUUCAACUUUCUAAGUGGUGGUUCUAUGUAGAGGACGUUGCAACAAGUCUGGUGUCAAGUAACUUUUUUUUUUAAUAUUAAAUUCAUUCUUCACGUUUAUUUAGUGAAAAUAGGAUUGUUUAAAAAUUGAUUUGGAAUUGCGAAGAGUUAAAAUUUAUCAAAAUUUACGAAUAUUAUAACGAUUCCAUUUUAUUCGUUUGAAACUUUUCUAAUUUCAAUUGAUUAAAACUUUUCAUUAACUCUAUUUUCAUUUUUGAUUAACUUUAUCAAACUGUUUCGCAGGUUUGAAUACACUAAAAUUGAAUGGAGCGGUAUUAUAUCGGGGUUGCAGAUUAUUCAGUGUGUCACACACAGGUGUCUCUAAUAAUUAUUUUAUUCAAUCUGGUAUUAACGAUGAAUUUACCAUUCGUUCUAACAUUAAUUUAAAACACGCGAGGUCGACACUGAAAGUUCCUUUCUCUCUUCAAAUUAUAAAUGAUAUUUAUUUAUUUCAUCCCCCUUUUAUCAAACGCUGAUAGUUUAAUUAUUCAAUUCAAUUUCGUACACAUUUUAUUAAUUUGUUUAAAAUAAACGUCGAUAUCUCCCGUACGAUAUUCGUGGCAAAUACGAGACAAUUAUUUCGACGAAUGGAAGCGAUCGUAAAGGAAAAAUAAAUUUUGUGAAACGCUACUCGAACAGUGAAAAAUAAUUUCAUUGAGGAAACGAAUCGAAAGGAUCUCUAACAUCGACCAUAUUGUUCAUUUCUAAAGAAAGUACACUAAUGUUGUUCAAUAAAUUGAAAUGCCGUCUGUUCGAUGGCGUUCAGGUACACCCCCUUAGUGUAAAUAAACAUAAUCGUUAAGAAUACGAAUUAAACGAUCGCGUCUGUGCAUUGUAAUAUAGUACGUUUACGGGAGGGCCAUUUAAUCGCGAGAGUUCGUUCAUCCGAUUAGCUAAAAUACAUUUUAAUUUAAGAUAAUGUGUCCAAUGCGAAUGAGCAUCGCAGAAACGUGUUCAUUUUGAACGUCUCAUCGACGUUACAUCGAAAGUGUAGAUAGAACAAGCAAUUUUAUGCUUUCAUUUCGUUCUAAUUCUUUGCAUUAUAAACAGUCAAAGCUUCCAGCUCUGCCGUUGUAAAGUAUAGGAUUUUAUUAAUCUAUCUACAUUCAAUUCCAGAUUCUUUUCGCUUCGGUGCUGCCUGUAAUUCUUCGAACGAGAAAAUUAAUUCCACUUUCAUGUAUUAAAAUUCAUGAAUAGAGAUGGUGGAAAUAAUAUGCAAUACCCAUUUUGAUGUUUAAUCAACGAAAUUUCAGAAAUAUUUUAAAAUUAAAAUUAUUUUUCCUGGCUUUUUAAAAAAUCACUGUUGGAUGAAAUCAUACACAACACUAAUAAUACUGAUUAAUUACUGAUUAAUAUUUCAGAUAAAUUUUCACAGCAGUAUAUAACUGGAAAUCAUGGUCACCAAUAUUAUCACCAUCAUCUCUACUUUCCUUUUGAAAAUUUCUUCUCAAUUAGUUUUCAAAACAAAUUUCAUUAUCUCGAUGCAACAUAUCGAUUCUGCUUUCCUAAUUUCCCAGCGUUCGAAGGAAUAAACUAAUUAAUAGGAUCAAUAAGGAGACUGUUUACAGGUGUUACGUUGCUGUUUGCGAAUACCACGAGCAGUAUUAAUUUCCGUCUUCCUUCUCCGAAGGGGGUAAACGCGUGCAAGUAUCGCUCGUCUUAGUCGACGGAACGAUCGAUUUCCUGAUGCAGAUUGAUCGUCGCGAUGAAAUUAUCGUCGAGAUUCGGGGUGUUCCAGAUUCCGAUAUGAUUCCGUGACUGGCGUACACGAUUUCUCAGGACACCGUGUAUACUAGUGAUUCAAAUCGUUGUUCGUUCUGCCAGUUUUUUUUACUCUCGACUCGAUCACCUGCCAAAUGUGAAUGCGUGAAUUUGUGGAUGCGUGGGCGCGUGUCUGUGUGUGUGUACAGUGAAUCAAAAUCGUAAACGUACAAACGCGAAAAAGACCCGUAUAAAUGACACACCGCGUAUCAGUCGCAAUUUGUAAAUAAAUUUGUCUGUAACGCGUACACUGCGUUCACGUCUAAACGAGUUUGUUAAGAGCCUAUUGAUUAUACUUCUUACGUAAAGUGUACUACCGAGCAUCAUAUUAUACGUGAAAUAAACUCAUCGUCUGUAAAUUCUCUA